UUGGCGGCCAGUUCAAGUUGCCAUAGCAGAGAGAAACUGGCUUGUCCCUCUUCAGUUGUCACUUGCUAAAGUGACUUGUUAACGGUUUCUAUGUUGCUAAUUCAUGCUGGCUACUCCUGACCAAAACAAUGGAAUCCUCCAGCGAGUCAGACACCUUCGACCGGACGAGGGGGCUGAGGUCACGGGGGCGAAAUGCCAGCUCUAGAUCGCGACGGGACAGUCACAGAACAGGUCCUGAUGCUCCAGCCAUUUCAGAGAAAAUUAACACCUUGGCGAGUACUUUACAGGACACUAAUAGGAAUUUGAACAAAGUGGACCGGAUGUUGGGGCAAUACAGAGAGCACACAGAUGACCAGGCGGAAGCCAUGGCAACAUUGAGGGAUAAUCUGGAGGAGUCUAUCGCUCAGCUGCAGAACCAGAGGCUGCAUAGUUCCUCAGGGGUCCGGAGUGCCUCAGCCUCCACCCUGCACACCAGCGACCUGGAAGCUGGCUAUGGCUCAGAGGGCCAGCGCUUCUACCCCACGUCUCCCUUGAAGGACUAUGGGAGAUCUGAGUCGGCCGGAGAAGGAGGAGCGAGAAGGAGGUCUAGAUCAGCUACAGUCCGCUUCAGAGACUSCAGCCUGCCAGACGGGGAUGUCCACGUCCUGCACCAGUCAUUCAGAGACCUGCYCAGUGACCAGCUGAGACUGGGGGARGACAUGGACAGAGAAAUCCUCAGGAGGAACAGGUCUGACAUUGACACCAGACGAGCCUUGGAGAAUCUGUCRGAGCACCUGACGACUUCACAGAGACAGGACUCGGUGUCGUCUCGUGUGGAGAAGCGUCUGCAGGAGAUUGAGAGGGAGAUGCGUUCGGAGCGACAGAGCGUGUCAGACAGACGACCAGAACAGCGGGGUAUCAUGUCUGAUGAACUGCAGGAGGCUCUGAGGAGGCGAGAGGCUCGGGACCUGGAAACUGAGGAGGCCGUCAAGAACAAACUACUGAGAUCAGAGAGCGAGAAGACCAAGAUGGAGGCGGAACUGGAGAGGGCCAGGAGACAGCUGGACCAAUCAGAAGGAGGCAGGGGCGCUCUUCUACAACAGGUAGAGGAGAUGCGUGUGCAGCUGCUGAGGACAGAGAAGGAACGUAUGGAUCUGCAGAGGGAGAUCUCCCAGCUCACUACACAGCCCAGAGCCACUCGCAUGGACAGGGAGGAGAAAGGAGCAGGACUUGGACUAGAUUUAGUCGGUGCUAGAGGGACCUGGCCAGCCAGCGGCGAAGUCCCAGRGCGGGACCGAGACYCAUGGGCCGUCAAUGUGGAAGGGGGGUCCCGGCACAGUACCCGGAAGGAGGCGACGCCGAGGACCGCUGAACGAACCGCAGAGGAAGACCGGUCGUCGGAGCUGGAGAGAGAGGUGCAGGAGCUGAGAGCCCAGCUGAGCAGGACAUCUGUCCUCAGUGAGGUGGAAGAUCUCAGGAGGACUCUGGAGCGCAAAGACCGAGAGAGAACACAGCUCUGCAACCAGGUCGAGGUGUUGUCGUCAGAACUGGCGAGGCGCGAGCAGCAACAGUUGAGGAUGCUGGAGCAGUUGAAGGAGAUCCAAGGCCGUUCGGAGGCGUGUGCUGCCGAGAGGGCCCGGGCCCUGCUCAGGGCCGAGGAGGCUGAGGCCCUGCUCCAGGACAGCUCCACGAGGAGGGAGGAGCUGAAAACCAGAGCCCAGGAGGCAGUCAGACAGUGGAGGGCCAAGUGCAAGAGAAUGGAGAGGGACAUGGAGGAAAUGAGGGGACAGGCCCAGCUGGACACGGAGAAAGCCAAACAGYCGUGUAAGGAGAGAGAGCUGUCCCGGGCCCAGCUGAAAGCCUUCUCCCAGCAGACUGAAGGGGUGCGKAGGGAGCUAGCGGAGGUGCUGGGGCGUCUGGCUCGGAGCGAGGAAGAGGUGCUCCGUAAAGACGUGGAGCUGUCGGAGACGCGGGCACGUCACCUGGGCCUAGAGCAGGAAGUGAGGGAGGUGAGGGAGGCCUCCAUAGCCCUGGAGGAGGAGGCCCAGCGGCAGUCUGUCCUGCAGGUUAGGCUGAGAGAGGAGAACCAGAGUCUGGAGGAGAGGGCWGAGGCCGUGGCCCGACGCAGCCAGAGAGACCAGGAGGAGUUACAUAGCCUCCAGGCAGCCAUGAAGGAGUUAACCUCCGCCCGUGCCCAGCUCACCACCCGUCUAGCUGAGGAGGCGGCGUUCAGGACGGAGCUCCAGAGGAGUGGGGCGGAGGGGGCAGCGCGGCUGGCCGCAGCCCAGGAGCAGAGGGCUUCCCUGGGGCAGCAGCUGGAGCUGGAGAGGGAGGUGCACCAGAGUGAGCUGGCCAGUCUCAGAGCCACUGUGCAGAACGGCAGGGCCAAGCAGGAUAGAGACAUACAGGAGACACUACGACUCUGUAUGAAGGAGAGGAAUGAGAUGGAGCAUCACCUCAAGGAGAUCAAGGRGGAUGCCGCGUCYGACAAGGAGCUGGUGAGGGCUCUGCGUGUGAAGCUGGACAGGAUGAAGACUGAGUGUGACCGGAUGACAGAGGAGCUGAGCGAAGGAGAGGAGCAACGCUCACACAUCCGCGGGAAAUACCAGCUACUCAAGCAGGAACUMGACGACAAGGUGAAGUGCAUGGUUCAGGGAGAGGAGCGGAGGCGUGGGUCAGAGGAGGCUGUAGCGACACUAGAGGACAGACUGUCUCGUCUGGACACUGAACAGGAGUCCAUCCUCAGUUCUGUAGCAGAGGAGAUAGAUGCUGCCUGCAGAGCACUGUUCAAGGACUUCCAGGACAAACUCAAAGCCAUAUCCCUCAAUCCUGGACUCCAGAAAGACCCUCAUCGCUGGUUGGCUGAGACCAAGACCAAGCUGCGUUGGCUAUGUGAGGAGGUGUCUGUCCAUGAGGCCAGAGAGAGAAAGCUGCGUCGGCAGGUCCAGCAGGACAGAGAACAGCUGAAAGGACUGAGACAGAGCAGAGACUCUGAAAGACAGGCCCUGCUACAGAGACUGGACCAGCAGGAGAAACUACUGCACUCCAUCAGCACAGAGAAGAAAGAACUCCUGGAGAAGACUCGGAGGAAGGAAAAUGAGAUGAGAAGUCUUCAGGAUCGUAUAUUGGAUCUGGAGAUGAGCACCAGGCUGGCGGUGGAUCACCUGGAGUCGGUCCCUGAGAAGCUGUGUCUGCUGGACAACUUCAAAGACCUGGAGGAGUCUCAGCGGCAGAAGGAGUUGGUGGAACAACGUUACAUUAAAUACAAAGAGAUCGUUGGAGUCCUGCAGCACCAGCUGGAUGAGUCCAAACGACAGAUACAGGAGUGCAGGGAUGACAGGUUGGACGCUACAACGCAGAGCAUUCGAUUGACUUCUCUCUCCUCCUCCAUAAGAGGCCCUAGCGCUCUCCUCACCAGCUCCAUGCUCACUGACACCACGUCUCCACACAAACACCUGGCCUCUCCAGACUGCACCCUGGACUAUAGCCUUUCUCUGGACCGCCGAGCCUCUCCUGCUGUCAACGGUGCCCAUCAUCACUCCGUCUCCGACCACCUCAACAGUAACACAUAGUGCCCACCAUCAAGGAGUCACACUGGUUACAUACAUGUAUUCAUCAACAAGCUUUUCAUUACAGAGUUGGAUAGAGGGCUCACACAGAAGUGCGUUUUAACAUGGGCAUAGAGGCGAUAAUAGCAAAGGUAGUGGUGGGCCCUCUUUUUAACUCUAUGCCUUACUGACAGUACAAUCGACACCCACUCUAUGCAGUACCGUGGUUGCAAAGCAUCACCACAACAGUCUUCCGUGAAUACCUCAACCAAAAAACAGCCAACCCUUCCAAGCUGCGUAACUAGCAGCCAACCUAGAAAACAGCUAGCAUGAAGCCAAGCAUACAUACUAAGUGCGAUUUGUGAUAAGUAAAGCAGGGUUAAACCUAGUGGAAGGUUCAUAGCACAUAGCUUGGGGUGUCUUAUAAGAGAACCACCAAAUUUAGCACUGUGAAAGACGAUUGCAGCUUUCUUUAUGAACCGAUAUUUAUGAAGAUUUUUCAUUGAAUGUUACUUUGUGCAAAGAAAGCAGGCACAGCUUAAAGAACCCAUGAAGUUUGAAGUAGAUUGAAGAACCAGUGAUAAAGCCAAGAUAGGUCAACAUUCCAACAUGUCAUACUAACGUUACAUUUCUAUACGUAUUUCAACACUCAWAACACUUCUCUGAAAAACACUAUUUUAAGCCCCAAUGUUUACCUUUUUUUGUGGCAGUUUUUGUACUCUGGUGUUAUCAUGCCAAUGUGUUUUAUCUGAACAGAUUAGAUGUGAUGAUUAUAUUUAUGCUGACAUUCUGUGAAAGAUGUGCUGCCGGUUUAACUUCAUGUAGCCCAUGCAUUAACAAUAUAUUGUUAUUAUUUUCAACAGACUUGACAAGUCACAAGGAGUUUGUUUUUAUAUUGGAGUGUUUUUACCACUACCGUCAUUUUUUAUUUAAAAGAUGUACUUUUAUGCAUUUGUGGAAAUAAGUUUUUAUUUGUAAAGAAGAAGAAAAAUGCCYAUAAGCACAAUAUAUGUAUAUUUUUAUGAAAUGUAGAAAAGAAUAUAUGCAAUAAACAAAUCUCCACAGAUCUGUAAGGAUCAUUU